AUGAAUUCUAAUCACGAUUGGUAUAAUUCAAACGUCGUUGUUGCUUUCGACACAGGUUGCCUUUCAUCUUCAUAUCACGGGCACAUGCUUCCCGGACCUAUCAAAACAUCAAGCGCAUAUCGAUAUGCAUUGAAG